AUGGCGGCGAUGAGCGGAGACACAGAGAUAGUACGAACUUCUUUGUAUCCGCCAUCAUGUUCAACUGUCGAUGAUGCAAACUUCAUAGAUAGGCCAUUUGUUCCUCAAGAAUCAUCCGCUAGGCGGUCUCUUUUGAAAGCGCAGAUGUCAAUAGGGAAUCUUGAAAUGUACAAAUACCUCGAAGAAUUCUUUCCAAGACCUGCACAGCGCCCCACCGAGAGUGUUCUUACGAGGCAUAUUGGUUUAGAAAAUUUUGAGAUAGUGAAGUAUAUCCUCGAUACAACAGGAGCUUUCUUUUCCGAGAAUGGAAGCGCCCACGGAGCAAAGCGUCAAGACAUCAUUUAUCUUCUACUUAAAUACGGUCUUGAUGCAAACUUCGCUCGCUUGGAUGAACACAAAUUGGAAUGGCUAGGAGAUAAACCUAUAUCUAAAGAAGCCCAGGCAAGAAACAAGCUACUUAUUCGCAAGUUCCUCGAUCGUGGAGCCAGUCUAUACCGGGUACAAACGGCCAAUAUUGCGCUGGAGUGGGUGGUAUCUAGAGAAGAUACGGUUAUGGUAGAGAUGCUUUUGGCUUCGGAAAUUGAUUUGGCCAGUUGCGGAGGAAGGAUAUUAAGAUUGGCUGUAUCCCUUGGUCUUGACUUGAUGGAAGACAUAUUGCAUGCGGAGUUCUUCAAUCUUUCAAUACUUCAAAGGGCGCUUUCAAACGUCAAAUUCAACGACAUGCGUUCCAAAGAAAUCUGA